AUGGCCGCCUCUUUCCGUGCUUUGAACUGUCUUCGUAAGCUAAAUAUCGGCGGUUUAAGGUCUCCAGCAAGGCUCUUACCAAGGGUAUUUGUCAUUUUCCAUAUGCUUGCAGGAGUUUUGUGUGUUUCCUUUGUAGCUAAGUGCCUCUUUGUUUUAGGUUUUGGGUGCCAAUGGCUGUCAACAUCAGCAAAUUCGGGAUUUAUCUAUUCAUGAGCACCAUAGUAUGAAACUUCUUCAAGAAGCAGGAAUACUUAUACCACAGGGAGGUGUAGCCAGAACUCCAGAACAAGCUUAUGAAAUCGCUAGUACUAUGGGUAUGUAUUACUAACGAGAUUAGCUUCAAAGCUAAUCAACUUACUGUAUGGAAAUACAGUGCAGUGGAACCUCGACUCCGCGUAAAACAUUGUAUUGGCAGGGUUGUCAGAAAGUUUUGAAGUAGACAGCUGAGUUGUCAAAGUAAGCGGCCAGUCCAAGGAUAUUUUAUUUAAAAACGCCAUCCAUAGACCAUAACGAAUGCCAAGCAGAGUAGCCGGCCGAUACUAACCAAGUAGGUGACGAUUUUCAGUGGCAGCCGGCUACUUUUAUCAACCCUGUUAUUGGCUGGAACAAAACAAGUGGCUUUUGUAAAUAGGUGGUCAUAAAUAGAGUUUCAACUGUGUUGUCAUGUAUGUUAUAGUUCUGGGUAGUUGAGUUGGAUAAAAUAACGCCAGUCAACUGCUGAGCAGAAGUUAGCAGGAUUAAACACCAGGCUCCAGGUGCUCAAAAGAUGGACAGUGCUAUCCACUGGAUAAAUCACUAUCCAGUGGAUAAGUAUUAGGAAAACCAAUUACACUAUCCACUGGAUAGAGAUUUAUCCCAUGGAUAGCCCUAUCUAUGUUUUGAACAACUGGGACUUGAUGGACCAAGCGUCAACAUCCUAAGUGUGACAUUUCACAUCUGCUAACAUGAAGGGGUGGAUGUUAAUUCUGUCACUACCUAAAUGUGUGAGAUACAUAGAUAACCAAAUUUCUUACCCAUGGUGCUAUGCUGCAUGGGUUUCACAUGCGGAGAGCUCUGCUAUCGGUAAAGCUGUUUCAUGCAAAAUGAUUUUAGCAUUAACCACUGUUUCUGGGCACUUGCAGAACCUCUGCUUUAGCAUUGGUGCUUCAAUCAGUGACACAUUGGUGACUUUGUACACUGAUAUCUUGGAUGUACUGUGUUUCUAAUUAUUUUUUUCCAGGCAUUGAGAGUGACUCUGACAUGGUGGUCAAAGCUCAGGUUCUCGCUGGCGGACGUGGAAAAGGCACUUUUGAGGGAGGGCUCAAGGGAGGUGUCAGGAUUGUGUUCUCGUGAGUAAAAUAAUAUGCUGUAGAGUGAACUUAUAUAUUAUAUUUUACUUGUAUUACCUACUGUAUUUUAAUUUCCUGUUAAGCUUUUAAUUUUUAUUCAUGUAUAAUGUACUGUAUGCAUGUCUAUUGACAAUAAUUAUGAAAAAUGUUUGUCAUUAUUUUGUUUCUGUACUUUCUGUUAUUGUGUGUGAAAACAUGAACGCAUUUGAUACGCAUGAUUGAUGACUGCAUAUAGUAUAACAUUGUUACUUAUGUGUUGUGUUAUUUUAGGCCAGAGGAAGCUAAAGAAAUGGCAUCCAGAAUGCUUGGUAAAAAACUCUUUACAAAACAGACAGGAGAACAGGGAAGAAUAUGCAAUGAAGUAAGUGAGCUUCAACAACAGUCAAUAAUAACAUCUUCUCUAAGGUAAAUUCCCGCUAAGAUGGCUGCGUAACCUCAUACAUUUAUUAUGCACACAUCUUUCAACUCUAUCCAUAUUAACUAUGAUUAUUUACUACAGGUCUACAUUUGUGAAAGACUCUAUGCAAGAAGGGAAUACUAUUUUGCAAUUGCUUUGGAAAGAGCAUUCAAGGUAGAGUUACUGUACAGUUGUACCUAUAACUGUAAUACAAAUAGACUGAUGUUGUUAAGCAGCAGACUCAAAAUGUUGGAUAGCACUAUCCACUAUUGUGCUAAAGUGGAGAGUGUUAUCCACCUUCUUAUCAUCUGGGUCCAGACCUCUUGUUUGAAAAUUAAUAAUUACAUGUACAUGUAUUAAAGAAAUCUUGUUGGUGAAUAAUAUUGAGGCUCAAUUCAUAGACAUUAUUGUGGCACUCAUCUUAUGACAAAGAGUUGUGGCCACUUACCAUUAUUGAGAACUGGCAAACCAGACCAGUCCAGUCAUAAAGAGAAUGUCAUAUUCAGAACUGUCCAGUCACAUCACUCUGUUUCUAAAAUGCUACGUGUAUGCAUGGCAGUGAUGGUUUUUCUCUAGCAAAUUGAUUUUCAGUAUUCAUGUUAUAGUUCAUUUUCCAUUAUUUGAAUUACCCUAGUAACCAAGCCUUCCUGCUUCCUGGAGGAAGGUAUUGCAAUAAGCGAACACCCCCUCCACCUAUGUAUUUGAAAGGUCUGGAAACCUUUAUGUGGAACUGAAGUAUGGAUAUUUUCAAUAUUGUUUUGAAUUGGAAUAAUGGUGGCGACACAGUCAAAAGGGCUGAAGGGACAGUGUCUGUACAAUAAUAAAUGGUAAUUUGACCCUCAAUACAAAGUCUGGGUGAGUUCAUUCAAGGCUGACAAGAGAAAAACUUUGUGUAAAUGGUGUGACUGGUUAACAGAGCUCGCUGAAAUCUCACACCAGAGACAAAAAACACAAACAAAACAGCAGGUGUAAAGGGAAGGUGUCAUUCUAUGUCAAAUAAACAAGUCCUUGAAAAAAUGAAAAGUCCUGACUUCUUCCCCAAAAAUUCUGUAUGAACCAUGGCUCAUGUUUUUUCAUAUCUCGUUGCUGUGCAUCCUGGAUCUUCUUGUAGUCAGAAAGGUGAAAAGAAAUGCCUGGCCUUAGGAAAAUCAUCUUCAUGAUAAUAACCAUAGGUUACAGAGUGAGGGCGACAAUGAUCGAAGGUCAAAACACUUUUGCUAACUCUGUGCUUUUCAUAAGUUUCCAGUGAUAGGUGGUUGAAACAUGUGAUCAGAUUACAAUUGGUAGAAGGUCCAAACAUGUGUGAUCAGAUUGCCCUCUGUCAUUCCCGUUAUUCUUCAUGGAAGUCAAACUGGCUCUAUAAUAAUUACAUGCCUUGCAUUGAUUUCAUAACAGCAACCUGGAGAUUCGUUUUCCAGGCUUCCCUUGUCACCUGCAAUAAUAAUUAUUAUAAUGGCCACCUGUGGUAUGGAUUGUAACCUUUCACAAGGCUGGUUUACAUGUAAUUGCUGCCUGGUAAUGUGUACCUCUGAUGGAGAAGCACAGGUCUCACAGAUCAUAAGUUCAAAAUCCUGGGUAGAUCAUGCUGGUCAUCAUGACCAGAUUUCCGUGGGCCUUUAUUACAAUUUUGUGUCAGUUCAGACGGCCCCUCUGAUAUUACGUGAUGGUGCAAUUUCGCACUAAAGAAAGCCUUGCAAGACAUCUGAAACCUUCAAUCGUGGCAUCUGGGCAGCCAUUUUGAUUUCAGAGACAAGCAGUGUGGUCAGCAGUGUAACAACGUCAUGUAAUAUUAAACAAGUGUCCUUUUUCUUUUCCGGGUCAAGAUAAUUGGACAAUUUAGCUAUUUUGCUCUGUCUAUUUUGUAAUAGAUGUUUUGUUAUUCCUUUACAUUCAAAUUGCCUGUUAAACAUCAUUAAAGUGGUUUUUCUCCUUUGAAACCUAGGCUGGUAAAAAUAGUAAAAAUUAAUUAGCCCUGAAAAAAUCACAUAAGUUAUAGCACAAUAAUAAUAAUAAUAAUUUUAUUGUCCUACAGACGCAGAAAACAUGGGUGUGUUUUGCGUGGCAGUUGGUCACUUAUCUCUGAGCUGUACUGUAUUUUAUCCCACAAUCUACCCUGAAAAUAUUGCACAAUUUCUGAUUUUUUAUCACAUCCUAUCAGAUGGCAUGGUUCAGACGAUUGCAUCAUUGGGCAGUGACUUUUUCUUCUUUGACUUAAGGAAUGAUAAAAAGUGUGCCUUUACAUGUAUGACAUACUUUUAUCCAAUCUCACCCAGCCCAUCCCAUUUUUCCACAAUUCAGCCACUAGCUGCCAUGUAGAAAACUGGUCACCCUGGUUGAUAUAUUUUUUUAAAAGAUAAAGUGUUUCCCUCUUAGCCUGAGUCAUUAAUUUGUGAAGACAUUCUGUUUGAAGCCUGUAUUGCACAGUAGAAGACUAGAAGACACUAACCUUUUAAACUGAAUUCAAAAUCAUAUGAUAACACUUUACUUUAAUUCUCAAGAUUUUACUUGUAACAAAGAAUUGUUUUCUUAUGAAUUGUAGGGACCAGUAUUGGUGGGCAGUCAACAGGGAGGUGUUGAUAUUGAGCAAGUUGCCAAAGAAACGCCUGAUGCCAUUGUUAAACAUGGAGUGGACAUUAUCAAUGGUUUGUAUCAAAUUUAAAGCUCCCUCUUUGUAAAUCACCCCUUACUUUUUUUAUUAGUGAUGAUCCUAGUGUUGUGCAAAUAAUUAUUAUACCAGUAUUUGCAACAUUGAUAUUUGUGACCAGUAAUGUUCCUGUUCGAAUGUACAUGUAUACUGUAUGUACUACUUUAAUGUGAGAUUUAAGUUGCCAGGGGUAGAACAGGCUUGCUAUUAACUUUCUCCGUCUAAACAGGGUGGGCUUAUACAUUUGUACAUAAAUCAUUUAUGUGUUACUAGUAAAAAUUGAAUUCAGGUUAAAAAUUUUGAACCUAGGUUGAUUAUCAAUUUUCUUUGUUGUACCAGCCCCGAUUAUUGAUGAAUUAGGGCUAGGAAAUACAGAAUUUUUUUUUUAAAAAACCUGAAUUUAAUUUUGACCUGUAACAUACAGCAUGUAUGAAAGGCAGGGGGGGGGAGGUUAAUGGAGGAUUUAGAAUGUCCAUGCCUAGACAGUAAGGACAAGCAUGCUGACAGCUACCUGUCAGUAAUACAUAAUUUGAUUGUCAGUCACCUUCACAAUUAAUAGGUUUAUCAAAAAAUGAAGCAUUGGAGUUUGCAAGAAAGAUGGGAUUCAGUAAACAAUGUGUGGACCAGGCUGCAGACUGGAUGAUUCGGUUGUAUGAUUUGUUUAUUGAAAAAGAUGCUGUCAUGGUUGAAAUAAACCCAAUGAGUGAAGAUCUGCUGGGCAGAGGUAUAAUUACUGCUUUUGUUGUUAUUGUCCAUGUUAUUCUUUGUUAAACAGAGGUAAAAUAAUAAACAGUGUUGUUUAAGCAAUAGAAAUUUUUUUCCGUGUUUGCGAAGCCUGAUAUUAACACGAGAUGUGUUGAGAGAAUUUGAGACACUUUUGUAAAAAGGCUUUACUUUCUUACAAAUUGCUCAUGAAUUUGAAUUGCAGUUGUAUGCAUGGAUGCCAAGCUUCUCUUUGACGACAAUUCAGAAUUCAGGCAGCCUGAUGUGUUCACAUUGAAGGAUUGGUCACAAGAAGAUGAGAGGGAGGUGGAAGCUGGACAAGCAAACCUAAACUACAUAGGUCUUGAUGGAAGCAUUGGAUGCUUAGGUAACCUUCAUAGCAAUUUGGAAUAAUGAAGUAGCCUGUUUCAGGCUCUCAGAUAGUGGGAAAGACGCAAAAGUGAAAGCCUUGUGAAAAGUUGGCGAAAAGUUUCCUCCCAUUUUAUUUUCAUGUUCUCUCCUUCUCAAUCCCUUCCGACCUGACUAUCUCAGAGCCUGGAACAGGCUAUUAGUGUAGGUAAACAACAGUAGGAUGUUCUGAAUCCCAAAUCAGUCUUUCAUUUUCGCGUGGCCUUGUUGUUCAAAUGGCAACCAGUGGAUAGUACAGUAACUGUAGUACUAUUCACUGGAUGAAUUAUCAGCUUUCUCUGAGAAGACAGAUACGUACCAUUGGGACCAGUGCUCAGUGUUCAUCUUUAUAGAGAGAUGUAGUGAAGAAAGGCAGAGGCCAUCUCUACAGGUCCCUUUAAGAUUGCUGUCCUCCUUAUGAAGCAUUAGAAAGAGACUGAAGACUGAUAGGAACCAACUCUAGGUGUGUCAAGUGUGUGAUCUGCCUUACAGAGAAUCAAAGAACACGAUUGAAGAAUGAGUAGACAAGAUCCAACUCUAGCUGUCUGUUUUAGGGGGAUGCCUGUCGCGUGAAAUGUAAAAACAACAACAACAAAAAAAUGUCUCAAGAAAGGCAGGACCAACUUUAGAUGUCCCUUUCAGUGCGCUGUCCGCCAUAUAGAGAGUCAAAGAAAAAACGAUUGGAACCAAUUCUAGGUUUCCUUUUCAGGGAUUCAGUGAAAAGUCUUGAGUAAAACCCUAACAUGAAAGCUUGCUCGCAGGCUAUUUACUUACUCACUGCUGAUAAAACAAAUUACAUGACGUGAAAGUAAUUGUGGAUUUUUUUCCCCUUGAAAAAUCAACAACAGUAAAUGGAGCCGGAUUAGCCAUGGCCACAAUGGAUAUUAUAAAGCUUCACGGUGGUGAACCAGCAAACUUUCUAGAUAUUGGUGGUGGAGCUACAAUAGAUCAAGUCAAGGCUGCUUUCAAGAUCAUCAGUGAGGACAAAAAGGUACAUUUUACCUAACGAUGCUACAUUAAUGUUUGGAAAAGAUGAUCAGGAACUACAAAAGAUUUUUUUUAUUUGGUUGAGCUUCCCACUAAGACCUUUCUAUCCGGUGUUGGUUGAAGUGCGGCGUUGGUAAAACAAUUAAAAGAUAAAUUACCCAAAAGAGUUUCCAACGAUCUACCAAACCUCGUUUACUUUAGAACCCGAACAGUAUAUCACUAUCCGCUAAUACCGGGCGUGUUUUUAAAGGCCAAGGAAACGAAAGGUUUCCGAGAGCCUCGUUCCGCCUUGUGGACACGUGAAUUAUUAAUAUUACAGUAAACCCAGGUAACUCGAACUCUGAAGGGAAAGGGGAAUUCGAGUUAUCGGGGUAAAUUUCAGUGAAAUUUUGAUCAAGGGAAAGGAAAUUUAGUUCGAGUUAGAGGGGAAUUCGAGUUGUCCGAGUUCGAGUUAUUGAGGUUCUACUGUAUUUUUUAUUCUUUUUUUUCAGUGAGAUUAACUUUGAUGAUUUUGUUUUUUAAUGUAAUGCGCAUUAUUUUUUGCGUAAAAUUAACACCAUGUGCUUUAUUCAAGGUUCACGCCACCCUUGUAAACAUUUUUGGUGGUAUUAUGCGCUGUGACAUCAUCGCUGAAGGAAUCAUUGCUGCUGCUAGGGAGCUGGACCUUAAUAUGCCUGUUAUUGUACGGUUGCAAGGUAGGAAAUAUCCAAAAAGCAAAUCUCUCUCUACAAAAUUGAAGUUUUAUCGUAGGGUUGUGGAGACAUUUAGUGUGUAGGUGCAUAAUCAGGUUUAUAAAUCAACCUCUUAUAUAACUUUAUAUGUCCUUUAAUGGCUUUCGCGAGGGCACCUUGCCGAAGUCGUUGUUGGCCGUCUAUUGGAUAAGGAUAAUCUGCGAGCAGGCUCACUUGUGCGAGGUCGUGGCAAAGAUGUUAGGCUGAUUUAGCAACAGAACGAGAACGUCAGUUGACGACGGCGAGCGCAAACUAAACAACCGGCUUGACCAAUGGCAGAGCGGCAAAUUGGGCACCGGAAGUGGUGUUGAGUCCUUUCCGCGCGCUUUCCCGUCGUCAACUGACGUUCCCGUCCUGUUGCUAAAUCAGCCUAAUAGCAGCGCGAGGCGGCAUUACCGGUAAGAAUAAUGGCGAGAGAAAGUCACUUUUGCUCGCACGUAGGCGGCUCCGUCGCCAAAAUUUUUCCCGAGCUCGGCCUCUGGGAGCAAGUUUGAAUGUCCCUACGGUGGCGAAUCAGGGAGGGGCCCCCACCUUAUUUUUAGACCAAACUGAGGCCCAAAGGGCUGAAAAAACUUUUUUUUGAGACAGGCCCCCUCCCCCCUUAUCUCAUGGUCUUAGAGGGAUGAGAAAAAUAUUUUUUCUUGAGAUCUUGUACUAACAAGUUAUGUGAGUGCUAGUUAACUGCUUUACAAUAAAGUGGGUGGUGGUAGCCUGAAAAAAGCCGACGUUUCGCGACGCCACAAUGGUUUCCUCGCGAAAUGACGUCUGGGGAACGAGCACAGAGAUUCCAUACUGAAGACGUGUCACUACCAAGAUCUGGAUAUCGCUCCUGAUUGGUUGAAGCUAAUUUUCCUCCCGGCACGACUACAUGUAAUCAGAAGAACUACCCAUAACUGGGUAGUAAUACGUGACCACUAUGGAAUUUCUGCACUCGUACCUCGGACGUCAUUUCGCGGGGACACCAUUUCGCUGUUUUUUCAAGCUAGGGUGGGAAAGGGAGUCUCCUUUCGCUACUGGUGCUGCAAGUGACACCAGAGAAAUCAGGUAUAAUGUGUUAUCUCCCGUUUUUCUUUUAGGAACAAGAGUGGAUGAUGCCAAGGCACUGAUCGCUGCCAGUGGGCUGAGAAUUAUCGCUUGUGAUGACUUAGAAGAAGCUGCUGAGAUGGUGAGUUGGUUCAUUUUAUUUCAAGAAGUUACUUAGGCUCCGAACGUACUGAACGUUUUCGAGUUAGCGGGGAAUUCGAGUUAUCGGGGUAAAUUUCAGUGAAAGUUUGAUAAAGGGAAAGGAACCGCCGCUUGGUUAGUUCAGUUGGGAGAGUGCCUGUCUGCCGAGCGGGAGGUCGCGGGUUCAAACCCCGGCCGGACCAACACUCAGGGUCUUUAAAUAACUGAGAAGAAAGUGCUGCCUUAGUAAUGACAUCUGCAAAAGGUUAGACUUUCUAGUCUUCUCAGAUAAGGACGAAAAACCGUAGGUCCCUUCUCACAGCACUUUCACUUAUUUGUUCUUGUGGGACGUAAAAGAACCCACAUCACUAUUCGAAAAGAGUAGACCCCAGUGCUGUGGCCAACUUGGCCAACCAACCUUUACGGGUUGUGGGAUUUGGUAGGGAUGGCACCUCGCAUGGGACCUGAGUCCGGUUCGUGCACAUUCCCUCUGGGCAGGCCUGUGUCCAGAAAAGUUGGUAAAUAAAUAAAGUAAAUAAAUUUAGUUCGAGUUAGCGGGCAAUUCGACGAGUUAUCCGAGUUCGAGUUAUGUAGGUUCUACUGUACAAUUAAAUAUUUUUAAGAAGAAAUUUUCAAAUCCGAUCAAUCAAACACUCAAUAUCAACUUGAGAGAAUGAUUAUUUUUGCAAACGCUGAAGCCGACCCUAAAUAAAAAUUCGUCUAGUAUGACCCCCCUAAAUAGGUACAAAAAUUUUGUAUCUUUGUCUCUGUCUCCAGCAGCAAAAUGAAUACAGAGGCUAGAGCCGACAGCGUCCUUAUAACUGGUCGCGACUGGUUUUCACGAGCUGUAGUCGCUAAAUGUACUUCGAAGUAAACCCGGACCAAAAACCUCUACAGAGUAUUAAAUUCAGGGGUCAUAUUUCCCUAUUCCUCGACGUUAAAAUGAAAGACAAGCUUCCUGCUUUACACCCUUCUUUUUUUUAAAAUUUUCACAACAACGAAAUAUCAAUUCUUUUUUAAGAAAGAAAAAAUUGCGAAAAGAAACAGUUCGGUUAUUUAUAAUUGUUAUUCACCUCUACUCACUGUUUUACGUUUUGUUCACUUUUCCUUUUUCGUCUACUUUUCUCGGGGUCAUUUACGGUCGAGGACCAUUUGCGGUUCAUUUUGGGGACCAUUUGGGUUUUGGAGGUCAUUUACUGUACAGGUCAACUCACUCAAAGAGCACGCGCGAGCGCUGUUGGCUCUCUUUUUUUUCCUUAUGAAUAACCCUUUUAGUAACCAUCAUCAGUUUUCUCCCAGCGAUAUCCAUAGAUUGUCAAGAGACAAGGUUAUGAGAAUAAAUAAAUGAUCACCUGAGGAAAAUGCUUUGAUCUUUUAACAAAUUCUCUCAACACAUUUUUUAAGGAAAUGUAUGGAGAUCAGUUUGGAGAAUUUGUAUUUGUAUAUUGGGGCUUAAAGGGUUAAAAGCUCGCUAAAGUUGACUCGACUGGGAGGGUGACCCCUUUUUUCUCUGUUUUUAUUGCAGGUUGUCCGUGUUUCCAACAUUGUUGAGCUCGCGCGAAGCGUUAAAAUGAAGGUCAACUUCGAGCUGCCCAUCUAGCGACAUUAUGUUUCGUGUAAUAUAGCAAUCAUCUGGUAGUUUGUUUGUUCUAUAUUCUUAAGCGGACCAAUAACUUUUGGUGACCUUUUUAAUCCCCCAUGAUGUGGUCAUUUUAAACAUGACACUAUACUGAGAUCUUUUUUUUGGUGAGUGACGAAAAAUGACAUGUUAGUUCAUUUAUGGAGUUGCGAGUCCUUGCCUUGAGCUUAUACACUUAAUACUGGUUUCUUCCUUUUCAGCGGCAAGUGUAUUUAUGUCACAAAAUUUUUAUUGAUGUAUCUUUAUUCUCGAGGAAAGAGUGUAUAUCAUCAAGGC